AUGUACUGGGAGAAAUGUCAAGAUCAACCCCCUCCCCAGAUGUACUGGGAGAAAUGUCAAGAUCAACCCCCUCCCCAGAUGUACUGGGAGAAAUGUCAAGAUCAACCCCCUCCCCAGAUAUUACCGAACGAACUCAGGCAUAUCAUUCAGGACCAGAGGAAAUUACUAAAUCUAGAAAAGUUUACAAUACGAAGUUUUUCUCUUCAGACGAUACAUAUAGAACAGUUCCAUCGGCUGAUUAGUCGUGUGUCAUCAUUGUCUAUUACUACAGAGAUGUCUACAGGAGCUGUAUCGUCUCCUCCAGUCAAACCAUUGUUUGAUGAGCAGCGUAUCAUCACCGCCAUAGACAUCGACUAUGACAGACUAUGCAGUGUUGUCAGUCUAAGUGAGGAAGUCUGGACAUGUGGGACUGACAAUAUAAUUAAGCUCUACAACUCCCGGGGCAAACUACUUAAAUCAAUCCAAACGAGUUCUGGAAACUGGCCAUGGGACAUAGCAGUGACACGGGACGGAGAUCUAUUCUAUACUGACCGUGAAACAAGAACUGUAAACCUAGUGAAGAAUAAACAGAUACAGACCGUGAUCACACUACAGGGGUGGGUACCUCUCAAUGUCUGCAGUACCUUUUCUGGUGACCUCCUGGUCACCAUGGUCAGUGAUGAUGACAAACAAUCCAAAGUUGUGCGUUACUCUGGCUCCACAGAGACACAAACCAUUCAGUUUGAUGAUCAGGGUCAACCUCUCUAUUCAUCUGGUCAUUAUAACACUAAAUACCUCAGUGAGAACAGGAACCUGGAUAUCUGUGUGGCUGACUGGGCAGCUGAAGCAGUAGUGGUGGUCAAUCAGUCAGGAAAACUCCGAUUUAGAUACACUGGUUAUCCCUCUAAUACCAAGGAACCAUUUUAUCCACGCGGCAUCACUACAGACAGUCAGAGUCACAUCCUGACAGCAGACUUUAACAAUCACCGUAUCCACAUCCUAGAUCAGGACGGACAGUUCCUCCGUUACAUUCAGGACUGUGGUUUACAUGUUUCAUGGGGUUUAUGUGUGGACAUCAGAGACAACCUAUUUGUGACUGAGUACUGGACUUGUAAAUUGAAGAAAAUUCAAUACCUAGGUGACCAGGUAGUUAUUUCGUUAGAUAUUUGUCAUUGUAGUUCCUUUUAUGUGCAUGUCACGUGAGAUUUGUAAGAAAGAAAGAUAAUUGUAUUUACUAACCCGCGUACGUUUAUUUUUCCAUCAAAACAUAGUCACUCUCUGCAUGACCAUCAAGUUGUUGGCAGUAUAUAUAUAUAUAUAUAUAUAUAUAUAUAUAUAUAAAGCACAGAAAAUUUCACUUCAUUUGGAUACCCACUUCCGCCCCUACCUGGGGUUGAACUCACGACUUGCAGAACCAAAUCUCCUGGCAGCUUGUAACCAGCGCGCUAGACCGCUCGACCAUCUAGGCUAGUAUAUAUAAAACUCUAAACACUUUCUAGAAAUAUUUCGACCGUGUUACCGGUCUUCUUCAGUCGUGUUUAU